AGAGCUCAUGGCUUUGACUAUAAAAGUUGUGGCCGCGACACUUGGAGACAUAGUUCAGUUCAGGAGCCACAGCAGCCACCAACUCAGCAAAUCCUCAAAGCCAAAAUGUUUGCUCUCCUUUCUCUUUUCAUCCUGGGUGUUGGAGCCGCCGCUGCCAUCGAGCUGCCCCUCAGCCCCAUCUACCACUCUCCGGCGGCGAUUGUGAAGCCCCUGCUGAAGACCGUCGAGGUGGAGGCACCUGCCCACUACGACUUCGCCUACUCCGUCCACGAUGAACACACCGGCGACAUCAAGAGCCAGACGGAGUCCAGGAAGGGAGACCAGGUCCAGGGCCAGUACACUCUCAUCGAUGCCGAUGGAUACCUGCGCACUGUCGACUACACCUCUGAUGCUCACAACGGCUUCAAUGCUGUGGUGCGUCGCGAUCCCCUCGGCCAGAAGGUGAUCAAGGCCGCUCCCAUUGCCAAGGUCCUGGCUCCAGUCGCCUACGCGGCUCCCAAGCUGCUGGCCGCCCCCGCCAAGCUGCCCCUGAGCCUUUACCACUAGGAUGAGCGCCGGGAGUGAGCGUGAGAGAGAUAGCCAACACUGACUUCAUCGCAUCGACGACGACCUAUCCGCAUCCGCAUUCGCAUCUACUAUAUAUAUCUGCAUCCGUAUCCGAUCUAUAGCCACACUGCCCAGGCACCUCAUAUCGUAUCUACCUUUCAACUAUGUAUGUAACUCCUUUCCUUUUCUCUGAUACCUAACCUAAGACUUUUCGGUCCUCGGUGAUCGUAAGCGCCAUAAUCCUCCGAGAUCCGAGGACCUC